AUGUCUCUCAAUGCCAUGUUCAAUGCUCCUGCUAGGAUAUCCCAUCCACACCUCCAUCCUGAUAAGCUCAAUGGAGCUUUAUGGUUCUCUAUUGACCCAUCAGUGAAUGCUUUCAUCCGUGCAACAUGGCAAGCAUACUACAUGGGACCUUGGAAGAGUUGGAGGUCUGUCCCUGACGAAAGGAGGGAUUCAUGGUGGCAGACGUUUGUGCAAAAUUUCUACUGGGAGCAACAGUUUAAUGACUUGGUCUAUGCUCUCUGGAAGAAGGAAACAUGGACUUCGAUUGGUGAACGGAUUAGCACCAAGAAGAGGAAAAACAAGCAGCCAAAGUACAUCAAUGAGAAUGACUGGACGACCCUUAUAAAGUAUUGGGCGACAGAACCAGCCAAGAAGAAGAGCAAAGACGCUGCUAAAAGCCGCAAGUCUGACCCUCUGGGUAAAGGGGUAUACAAGCACAAUGCAGGACCGGUUGGUUUUGCAAGAAUUGAAUACAACAUGACGGUUGAGACUGGUGAACCUCCAUCCUACACAGACCUUGUCAGGAGGACACACACGAAAAAGGAUGGGACUUUUGGGGACUAUCGUGCGGAAGAACUGAUAACUCAAGCUAAGAUGGAAGCUACUCAGGUCUCUAACACUAACAGUGAUGGAUCACCACAAAGUCCAUCAGCAACCUCAGCUCCUUCUCGCAUCUUGUUAAACCAAGCUUAUCUGAAAAAUGCUAAAGGUAAGAGGGGGCAUGUCUACGGACUCGGCAGUGCCCAGUAUAGGGAACAUGCGCCAUCUGCAAGAGUCCCUGCUUCUCUGGCCCGCAACUUGGAGCUGGAGUUGCGUGUGAGUGGACUAAAGACAAGCUUGCAAAGUGUGACUGCUGAUGUAAGUGCAGUGAAGGCUGAUGUAGGUGCUGUGAAGGAGGAUGUGGCAACAAUGAAGGAGGGCUUCGCAGCAACAAGGGCUGAAAUAACUGAGCUCAUCCAAUCACUUCGACCCCAAGCUAACCCUCAGCAACAACCCCCUUCUACUCAGGCUCAAGACCCUUCGACUCAGGCUUAG